AUGGCUGACAUGUUAGCCAAACCCCAGUCGGCUACACCAAUCGGUGCGAAAAGAAAGCGACCCGUCUCCCCUGUGACAACACCAUCUCGACCGUUAAGAAUGGACAGGCUAGCAUUCCUGCGCGAGUUCUCAGAGAGAGUUGAGGAGAUUUUGAGAUUGCCGGAUCCCCAAGAUAUUCUGAAUGUGGUGAGAGCCCUAGCAGAGGGUAACCAAGCAAGAUUGCGGGAUGGCACGACCGUUGAACAGCUUCCUGGGUUCAACGUCAAACAACUGCCUGGCCUCGGCUCCUAUCCCCCCAGCCUGGAUUCCCAUCCGUCUUACACACAAACAAUGACUGCGCUGCUCAAGUGGGGCGUUCGCACAUUUCACGGCCGCCCAUCUACGCCGAGUCUUUGGGCAUCGAUGGCCAUUCUUGAUGGCCCAAAAGGGUAUAACCAGCAAUUAACCAGCGAUGGGCUCUAUAUUGAAGGCAGUAUCCACGUUGAAUAUGCUGAGCCUCGAGAGGCCGAGUUACUUUUCCCAGUUUUGCCGAAGCCAACGAUUCUCGUGCCAUCUCAACUGCAACCAGUCCAGCCUUUUGAUGAAGAUCUCCCAUAUAUUUCGGACUUCCUUCGUGGCAGCAAGACCGCAAGGGCCGUAGUGGCUACUCGUUGCAAGUUUGGUUGGCCCCAGCUAUCGAUAGAUUGCAUCUGUCUUUAUGUUGAUGAUGACGAUACAACAGGCCUUGAUGCUUUCCUUGCCUCCGAAAAAGUGCCUGUUGUUGUUAUGAAGGCACAAUUUUCCCACGCAAUGGAUGAUGUCUCCAAGGCGCAGCAAUUCCUGGAACCAUCAGGGUUAAACGAGUUGGAACUCAGCAAAAGACGUCACCUGCUUCGAAAAAAUCCCCUACCAUGUGCCGUGCAAGAGAAUGGUCAUAUUUCUCAUGGCCAGUCCGUUUCUCUUAUGGGCCAGGAAUCAAAAGGCUCAGUGGGCGUGUUUUUAUCACCUUCCGGCAUUGAACAGAAGAUAUAUGCCCUGACUGCGUACCAUGUUCUACCAUUCAAGACAGUCAACGAAUCGCUUGUGAAAACACCGGCACCACUCGACCUCCUCAGUCAACUCCUCGCCGCUACCGAGAAUGCAGAUCAUGACCGUGUUGGUGGAUUGCUACGAAGAUGGGAUGAGUCAUGUGGGCAUGUGGUGCACGGCCAUAUUGGUACCACAAUGAAGGGGUGGAAGAGCGACUUUGUGUUAUUCUACGUUAACGAUAAGUGGGCUGGGGCAAAUGGCCAGUGGUAUAAGCCUCGAGAACUGACCGACCUCGUCAUGGUAACUGAAAAAUAUCAGUCCGAAUUCCUCGGAGCGCAUGGCCUCGUUGGCAACCUCGAUCCACAAGCCGGACAGAUCUGUUACAAGGAUGGCGCAGCAACAGGUCGUACAACAGGAACGAUUGGUCAGACCGAAGCCCUGGUGUUUCUAAAAGGAACGGCAGACAUUGCGCCCCCAGGAACAGCGCCGACUGAUGUUAACAAAUACAAACUCCUUACGCUCCAUCAGACUUAUCGUGAGCAUGCAGUAUGUGCGAAAGGAGACUCAGGGUGCGGUCUUUUCGUACCUGUUCCAGAUGAAGAUGGCUGGAAGUGGGUCGGCCAAUUGGUCGGCAUGCUACAUGUGGAAAAUGGGCUACCAGUGGGUCUCAUAAUACCCCAGACCCAAGUGCUCGAAUCCCUGAAGGAGAAUACCGGGAUUGUUUGGGAAUUAUCCCGUUGA